AUGCCUCCAAGAAAGAAGACCAGAAGCAACAACAUAACUUCCCAGGAUGGGCCAAGCCAUGCUGACUCAGAGUCAAGGCAACAUGCCUCUUCUAGAGAAGAAGAACGUGCAAGUGAGGGAACUUUCACUCUCACAGAUCUUGUUGCAGCCAUUCGUGCUAUGGGUGAGACCCAGAGGGAGAUGGCAGAGAUGAUAAAAGAACUCAAAAAUUCGGCUCCAAAGCCAAGUGAAGUGAACGAGAAGCACCCACAGGAGGAAUCUGCUGCUGCCGGAAAGGAGUCUGAGCAGAAGGGACCAUCUUUUGUCACUCAGGAGGACGUUGUUGCCAUGCUGGAAAAGGAGCUGAGUCGAAGUCAGGAAGAUUGGAAGUAUCUUCCUCAGCCGCCGUAUCCAUCAAGCUUACUCCAGCAGCCAUAUCCUAAAGGCUAUGAAGCACCGACCUUUGUCCUCUUUGAUGGACGAAAGGGGAGCCCGAAGGAGCAUGUCAAUCGCUUCAUCGAUGCCUUGGGACCGUAUGCUGGUGAUCAUAAUCUUCGACUUAGAGAAUUUUCAAAGAGUCUCACUGAUCGUGCUUACACAUGGUAUACAACGUUGGCACCAGGCUCUAUUCAUUCCUGGGAAAGUCUGGCAAGCAGGUUCUGUAAGAAGUAUUUCCAGCAUGAAGAACGAGUCACCACCACUCAACUCAACAACACCCGCCAAAAGCAUGGUGAGGAUCCCGUGGACUUUGUACGCAGGUUCCGGGACCUGGCAUUGGAUUGCUAUGAUGAGAAAGACGAGGAGGCGCUUGUUGAAAUUUGCAUCAGCAAUAUCGUGGCAGAUUAUAGAGUGUAUUUGGAGAAUAUUGGCAUUAGUCAAUUUUCUCGGCUGCUGGAAGCUGUGAGGAAGACGAGCAUGUCCGUCAGGCCACCAGGACAAAGGACUUGGAGAAAUGAGAAGAAGGAAGCGCAUCAGACAUUAGCAAUAGAUGACAAGCCAUCCAGCGACUACAAUUCACGCAAACGCAAGGAUAGAGAGACGUAUCCACCACUACCAUGCAAAGAUGAAGAAUUUCAUGCUAUCCUUGACACAAUGAUUGCUGAUGGCGUAAUCAAACCUGUCAGACCCUACAGGGUUCCUACUCGAGAGGAAAAGAAUGAUCCUAGGUACUGCCGUUAUCACCAAUUUGUGGGGCAUCCAACCACUGCCUGUCAGAGCCUGAGGAGGAUUUUACACGCCAAAAUACAUGAGGGAGUCCUUGAACUUCCCUCUAGGAAGCAAACCAUUGAUGAAGACCCCUUGCCAAAACGAAGGGGAAAAGAGGUAGCCGCUGUCAUUACAUGUUCUGAUGAUUUGCUUGAUGAUGAUGAAUUGUGCCACCCUUGGAGGAAUGACCCAAAGCCGCCGGAAGCCGUAUGGGAACCUUGCGGAAACAUGGAAAAGGCAUAUUGGUGUAAAUAUUCAAGGCCUUCAAGUUACAACACACCAUGGCCACUCGCUGAUGGAUGGGGUGACAACUCAGGCAGCGAAAUUUUGUCCUGGACAUGCCGGAAGAACGCUACUCGGGGGCUUUAUCGGAGCAGCAGGAAGCAGCUGCCGUAA